ACCGAGCAACCGCUCCUCGGGCAGCGGGGGCGGGGCCGGCCGGAGGCGGAGCCGGCCGGGGGCAGAGGCGGCGCCGCGCCAACCCAAACACCGCCACGCCCCGGCAGCCCUUGCGCCCGCUGCCCGCCACCAUCGUUAGCCGGCGGGGGCCCGCUCGGAACGUCAAGCGGGCGGAAGCGCGGCCCCGCCGGCCCCGCCGCCAUGAAGCUUCGCGUGCGGCUGCAGAAACGAACGGCGCCGCUGGAGCUGGAGGGGGCGGAGCCAACGCUGGGGGAGUUGCGCGCGCAGCUCCGCCGGGCCCUGCUUCCAGCCUGGGGCUACAGUUCUGAUACAGAGUUUUCAAUAACGUUGAAUGGGAAGGAUGCUCUUACAGAAGAUGAGAAGACUUUAGUUUCAUAUGGGAUAGUUCCUGGUGAUUUGUUAUGUUUAUUACUAGAAGAAACAGAUGCCAAAUCCAGCCUACCUCCUCCCUCAUCUUCUAAUCCUCCCUCACUUCAGAAUGGUCAUGAGAUAUCCACCUUAACUCCCAAAAGUCAGGCUGACAGUCCAAAAGAAGAAAGGCAGAAUGAAGAGUCUGACAACCAGAAAUCUCAAGCGGAAGCUCAGAAAAGUGACAGUAGGGCAGGAUCCAGCCUAGAAUUUCCUUCUGGAUUAGUCCCAGGAGAUGUUGAUUUAGAAGAAGGUACAGGUUCCUAUCCUUCCGAACCCAUGCUGUGCAGUGAGGCUACUGAUGGAGAGAUUCCGCAUUCCUUAGAGGUGCUCUACCUUUCUGCUGAGUGUACCAGUGCCACUGAUGCCUUGAUUGUCCUACUACAUCUUCUCAUGAUGGAGACAGGCUAUGUACCUCAGGGGACAGAAGCCAAGGCAGUGUCUAUGCCAGAGAAAUGGAGAGGGAAUGGUGUUUACAAGCUACAGUACACGCAUCCCCUUUGCGAAGAGGGUUCUGCUGGUUUGACUUGUGUGCCUUUGGGAGAUCUUGUUGCUAUUAAUGCAACAUUAAAAAUCAACAAAGAGAUUAAAGGUGUGAAGAGAAUACAGCUGCUGCCAGCAUCCUUUGUUUGCUUUCAGGAACCAGAAAAGGUUGCGGGUGUUUACAAAGACCUUCAGAAAUUAUCUCGUCUCUUUAAAGACCAGCUGGUUUAUUCUCUUCUGGCUGCUGCCCGACAAGCUCUGAACUUGCCAGAUGUCUUUGGGUUAGUGGUCCUUCCUCUUGAGCUGAAGCUUCGGAUUUUUAGACUUCUGGAUGUCCGUUCCCUCAUCUCUCUGUCUGCUGUUUGCCGUGAUCUUUAUGCAGCUUCAAAUGAUCAGCUUCUGUGGAGGUUUAUGUAUCUGCGAGAUUUCAGAGAUCCCAUUGCAAGGCCUCGUGACACUGACUGGAAAGAACUAUACAAGAAAAAGUUGAAACAGAAGAAGGAGGCCUUGAGAUGGAGGCACAUGUUUCUGCCCCCUACACCUCAUCCAAUUCCCUUUCAUCCCAACCCAUUUUAUCCUAGUCCCUUUCCUCCCAACCCAUUCCCAUCAAACCCAAUCUAUCCCCCCAUGGUCAUUGGAGAAUAUGUUGAGAGACCAACGCUUCUGUAUAUUGGAGACCCAAUUAAUUCACUCAUUCCUGGCCCAGGAGAAGCACCAUGCCAGUUUCCUCCAUUCAGACCACAUUUUGACCCCAUUGGUUCCUUGCCUGGAGCAAACCCUACACUUCCAGGACGAGCUGGUCCCAAUGACAGGUUUCCACCUAGACCCAGCCGGGGCCGCCCCACGGACGUUCGCCGUGCGUUCAUUUGAUUGCUGCUUUCUCCCUCAGUGGAUUUUCUAGUUCCUGAGCUUGCUUUCUAACUGCAGGACCUUGUAAAGCCAGGCACUAACAUCUGCCUUCUCCUCAGAUUGUUGCAAGAACUUGUUUGCAUGGUAAUGUUUUGACCCCAGAGUUAGGGUUUGUUUGUGUUCUGGUAAUAGUGCAGUACCUGGCACUAAGGUCUUUUUCAAGAUGGGCUGUGACUUAGAACAGUACAUGUUGUUUCCCUCCCACCUCUCUUCUUCAAUCACCUGUGGAGUGCUACUUAGAGACUAGAAGGAUACUGGCUAAGUAUUUGCUUCAUCAGAUAAAGAGUAUCUUUUUCUGUCUUAUUUGAAGAGUUUUUUUAAUUUGCCAGGAAAAAAAAAUAUUUCGUUUCAAAUCUACCUGGCUAAUGAUUUUUCUUAACAAAAACUCUGCCACAUCCCACGUAGAAUGGGAUCCUACCACUGCUAUGGUAGAUGUGUUUUCAUAGAUUAUUUUUCAGAGACGUUUUCCUUUUUCUGUUAGGUAAAAAGCAUUUUUAUGUCGUUACUUAAUACACAAAGAAUACAAGGAAGGGACUUUUUGUUUUAAGUGGAAGAAAUUAGAAAGCAAAUCAGUUCAUUUUGCAAACAGCUGAGUGAACCCAUGCUGCAGGGCAACUCAAAGCCUGAACAGAAGCAGAGCAAUUUUACAAAGAACCAGCAGCAAAACAUUUUUACUUUUUCCUUGUUUGAACAGGUUGACUUUACAAAUAAGUAGCUAUAGUACAUGGCCGCGUUUACUGUGUGUGAACUAAAAUGGAUGCAAAAAUAAGUUUUUCUGCCUGCCUAACUAUUUAAGGAAUUAAACAGGUUGACCCGAUUGCAGUGGAUGUGGCAUCACAGCAGGAGAAACAGAACCAGUUCAUACUUCAGUAAAUUCUGUUCAAUUGCACUAGAGCAGUAUCAAAAGUUAUCUCGACGGAAGAAAACAUGCUGUGGCAUGUUAGAGCUUUUCAAGUGUUGUCUCGUUAACUAAUGAACAACUAACAACAUCGCUGUUACAGUUUCCUGAUGAGAUCUGCAGUGUCAUACUGAAGCUCAAUUAAAGAAAGACUGGAAUAACUAAA